CGUAAAGCAUUCAUGAUAUUUUUGUUUUUUAAAACAAUUGAGAUUUUCCUAUUUUACUUCGGUGUUUGCUGUUUGAGAUCAUCAUGGGCUCCUCUGAACUUGUCCAGAAAUCUUUUGCUGCCUUGUCCAAGUGUAUGUUACCCAAAGACACUUUCAAGGGUAAAGUUGCCUUCAUAACAGGUGGAGGAACAGGAAUAGGCCGCGCUAUAACGGAACGACUUAGUGAAAUGGGAGCUUCAUGUUGUAUUGUAAGCAGAAAACUGGACGUGUUGGAUCAAACAGCGAGAGAAAUUCGAGAAAAAGACCCGGAAGCUAAAAUCUUGACAGCAGCUGCCGAUGUCAGGAAUCCGGAGGCUGUUUCGAGUGCUGUAGACAAAUGCGUUGGAGACCUAGGUUUGCCACAUAUCGUAAUCAACAACGCAGCUGGUAACUUUAUAUCGCCAACUGAGAGACUAAGCUCUAAUGCAUUUCGAUCUGUUGUGGACAUCGUUCUCAUGGGAACCAUAAACGUCACCAUGGACAUCGGAAAGAGACUUAUCGACGCAAAGCAAGGAGCAAACUUUCUGGGAAUAACAACAGUGUACGCGCACUAUGGCAGUGGCUAUGUAGUACCUAGUGCUUGUGCUAAGAGCGGAGUCCAAACCUUGCAUAGAUCUCUGGCAUCAGAAUGGGGAAAGUACGGAUUCCGUUUCAACUGCAUCGCGCCUGGACCCAUCUACACCAAAGGAGCCUUCAGUCGUUUGGACCCUGGAGGUCAGUUUUCGAAGGAGAUGGUGAAGAGAAUCCCUACGAAAAGACUUGGAGAACUAGAUGAGAUCUCAAACUUGGCUGCUUAUCUGGUGAGUGAUUAUUCUUCGUGGCUCACAGGUGAAGUGAUCAACUUCGAUGGCGGAGAACUCAUGAGUAUGGUGGGCGAGUUUAACAGUUUGGAACGAGUACCAACGGAACAGUGGGAUCAACUGGCCAGCAUGAUUAAAAACGUUAAAGGAUCUUGAGUAAAUUUAAAAGUGUAUUUUUGUGAUAAUUAUAUUCUAUU